CCACUUUCUAAACCCCUGCCAGAGUUUGGGCUAAAACCCUAGUUUGAAAGCUACGCUUCUGAUCACAUUUGGAUACAUUUUCUCUGCAACAUGUACCGUGUAGCUGCAAAAUUAGCUUCCACGAUCAGGGUUUUAUCUACUGAACGAUUUGUAUAUUCUCUGUUGUUUCUCCAGCUCUGCUUCUUCCAAGAAACUGGUAUAUAGCAGGGUUUUAUCUAGUAGAAGUUAUGGAGCAAAGGAUAUCCAUUUUGGGAUUGGGGCACGGGCGGCCAUGUUGCAGGGUGUUACUGAGCUUGCAGAAGCUGUGAAAGUUACAAUGGGACCAAAGGGUCGCAAUGUGAUUAUUGAGAAAAACCGUGGGGAUCCUAAAGUCACCAAAGAUGGAGUCACUGUUGCCAAAAGCAUCAAGUUCAAGGAAAAGGCUAAAAAUGUUGGUGCAGAUCUUGUAAAGCAGGUUGCUAGUGCUACUAAUACUGCUGCAGGAGAUGGUACAACUUGUGCAACUGUGCUGACUCAGGCAAUAUUUACAGAAGGCUGCAAGUCUGUAGCUGCUGGUGUAAAUGCAAUGGAUUUACGCAGUGGUAUCAAUAUGGCAGUUAAUGCAGUUAUAUCUGAUUUAAAAUGCAGAGCAGUGAUGAUUAGCACACCAGAAGAAAUUACUCAGGUGGCCACCAUCUCUGCAAAUGGUGACCGUGAAAUUGGAGAAUUGUUGGCUAAAGCAAUGGAGAAAGUUGGGAAACAAGGAGUAAUUACUGUUGCAGAUGGAAAUACUUUGGACAGUGAGUUAGAAGUGGUGGAAGGAAUGAAGCUAGCGAGAGGCUAUAUAUCUCCUUAUUUUGUUACUGACCACAAGACCCAGAAAUGUGAACUAGAACAUCCUUUAAUCCUCAUCCAUGACAAAAAAAUUUCAGACAUGAACUCACUUGUAAGAAUAUUGGAGCUGGCUGUGAAGAAAAAUAGAGCUCUUCUAAUUGUGGCCGAGGAUGUAGAGAGUGAUGUGCUAGCUAUGCUUGUUCUCAACAAGCACCAAGCAGGGGUUAAGGGCUGUGCCAUCAAGGCUCCAGGUUUUGGGGAAAACAGAAGGGCCAAUUUAGAAGAUCUUGCCAUUCUUACUGGAGGAGAGGUUAUUACUGAAGAUCGUGGCUUGAAUCUCAACAAAGUCAAAGUUGAAAUGCUUGGUACUGCCAAAAAGGUCACUGUAUCUCUCGAUGACACAAUUAUUCUACAUGGGGGUGGGGAUAAGAGGCUGAUUGAAGAAAGAUGUGAGGAGCUCAGGACAGCCAUGGAGAACAGUAGUGCCAUGUUUGACAAGGAGAAAGCACAGGAGCGGCUGUCAAAGUUAUCUGGUGGUGUUGCUGUCUUCAAGGUUGGAGGGGCCAGUGAGGCAGAAGUUGGGGAAAGAAAAGAUAGGGUCACAGAUGCUUUGAAUGCCACAAGAGCAGCUAUUGAAGAGGGUAUUGUACCUGGUGGUGGUGUUGCUCUAUUGUAUGCCACAAAAGUUCUGGAAAACAUUCAGACUUCAAAUGAAGACCAAAAAAGAGGAGUCCAGAUAAUCCAGAAUGGUCUUAAGGCACCAACAUUCACAAUAGUUUCAAAUGCUGGUGGUGAUGGUGCUCUGGUGCUUGGCAAACUGCUGGAACAAGACGAUCUUAAUUUGGGAUAUGAUGCAGCCAAAGGUGUGUAUGUUGAUAUGGUUAAAGCUGGAAUUAUAGAUCCUCUCAAAGUGGUCAGAACUGCCUUGGUAGAUGCUGCCAGUGUCUCGCUGCUAUUAACAACAACGGAAGCAACUGUUGUAGACCAUCCAGAUGAGAAAAACUCCGCGCCCAGCCGAAUGCCAGCAAUGGAUGAUAUGGGCUACUGAUUUGAGCAAACCAUAAAUGAAUUUGAAGUUCAAGAUUUAGAAUCUGUACCCUCUGGUGCAUACCAUGAAGCAAUUUAUUUUUGAGAACUUGUGUCACCAUUCUUUACGAGUUGCAGAAGUCUUUCAAUGGGAAGUCAGUUUUGGAUUUUGAUCAGUAUGAGAAAACACAUUCAUGUAAAGUACAGUUUAAUCUAUGAAUAAAUGUAUGGUUCGUCAUUUGAUUAAAA